CAGUGGCGGUUUCUGAUAGGGUCGACCUGGGCGGUCGCCCAGGGCGGCAAGUUGUCAGGGGCGGCAUCGCGCGCCCCCACCCAAGAGCACUGGCACCGCAGCUCCUCCGGGUGCUGUAUGAUGCUGGUGAAGCCGACUAGUCCAUUUAGGGGGAAUGGGCGCCUUCUGUCUGCAGUAGUUGGCAUUGCCCCUGAACACUUAAAUUCAAUGAAAGCAUGGAAAGAGUUGGCAGUAAGGAUCAAAAAAGAGGCAACAAUUGAUAAACAUGAGAUGGCACUUUUUGAGGCUGAGAGAUUAAGAUGGAGAGCUGUGUUGAAACGUCUCACUGCUAUCAUACAGUCUCUAGCAGUUAGAAAUUUGUCACUUAGGGGACACACAGAAACAUUGUUUUCACCAUCAAAUGGCAAUUUUUUGAAAGAGGUUGAACUGAUGGCAAAAUUUGACCCUAUAAUGAAAGAACACCUGAAUCGUGUUGAGAAAGGCACCUGCAGUCAUAACAGUUACCUUGGUCACCACAUACAGAAUGAGCUCAUUGGUUUGUUGAGCAGCAAAACAAUUUCAACAAUUGUUAAUGACAUUAAACAGGCAAAGUAUUUCUCAAUAAUUCUAGAUUGCACUCCAGAUAUCAGCCACACUGAACAGUUGUCUGUUGUGAUUCGAAUUGUUUCACUAAUGGAGAAGCCCAGAUUUUAUAUUUUAUACGGUGAAGUUUCACAGUAUUACAGUUUUU